AUGAACAAGGAAGUCGAUGGACAGUUUCGUACCUAUUUUAUUACCAAAAGAAAUAUAAAUAGGACCUUUUUCUUUACUGCGAUACUUUUUCUAUUCGAAAUAUUAUUAUGUUAUUAUAAUUCAUUGACAACUAUUGUGAAUGUAUUGCCAUUUUCUCCUCCGAGUCCAACGGCAACUGGUCCAUGUGUUGCAAAUCUGUCAGCUGAUAUUGGCUUGCCGCCGUCAAAUUUUAGAUUAUAUUUAGAAUGGUUUUCAAAUACAGGAUUCAGCCAAGAAACUAAUCAGACAAAUGUAGUUACAUAUUGUUCACAACUAGGUAUUAAUGGUACAAAUGCUAUUAGUGACCCUAGUUGUCAAAUACCUAACAAAUACUUAAAUUCAACAGAAUUUUCAUUACGCUGGACCGGUGUACUAACAGUUCCAAUCACCGGUAAUUAUACGUUUUACUGUUAUUAUCCGUUAGAGUAUUCAAAUUUACUACUCUGGAUUGACGAUCAGAUUCUAUGUCCAAUUGAUAAUUAUACUGCAAUAAGUUUACCAUUAUCUACAGAAUUGAGUGUUCCUGUAAGAAUGGAGUAUAUUCACUGGAAUAAGGAGAUUUCCGCUACAAAACUAGUUAUACAGGUUCACUGGAAACGAAUCAAUGAUAAAAAAAAUACACAAAGUGAAUCAGAAUUAAUUCCAAGCUGUGUAUUAAAUGGCUGUACUAGUUAUCCGGAACAACGGCGCCAUUUCUUAUCUGAUCAAUUGUUACAUAGUGGUUGGAACACAUAUUCGCUAUCAUCAAUGACUACACAUGUGUUUAUGCCAGACGGCUUCGCAGUUAGUUUAUCGUUAUACAAUUCAGAAACUCGUACUGUUUGGACAGAUUUUCAUGUGGAAAAUGUUGAUUCUAAUGAUAACAGGUAA